AGGGAGUGCAAUCCUAUACCCAAGUACAUUUCGACAACACUAACAUUGAAUCUUAAAAAUUCGGUGGCUAAGCAAAUCACAGCACAAGAUGACUAAGCUUAGUUCCGAGCAGCUUCAAUUCUUCAACUCUCAAGGUUAUCUUGUGAUUGAAUCGUUUGCAAGUGGCGAUGAGAUCGAGUCCAUGAUGAAGACGAUGGAGCAGUUGGUGGAUAAGUUUGAUUAUUCUUCCACCGCUUCUAUUUUCUCCACCAAGAACCAGCAACAGUUGACUGAUGAUUACUUUUUCGAUAGCGUGGAAAGGGUUUCUUUUUUCUUUGAGGAAAAAGCAUUUGGUGAUGAUGGCAAUCUAAAGCAGCCGAAGCAACUCUCUAUUAAUAAAGUUGGCCACGCUCUUCACGAGAUUGAGCCGGCAUUCAAGAAGUUUUCUUCUUCUGAGAAAAUUUCAAGUUUGAUGUACUCCUUAGGUUACAAGAGGCCUGUAGUCAUGCAGUCUAUGUAUAUAUUUAAGCAACCAGGCAUUGGGGGUGAAGUAGUGCCACACCAGGAUAACUCGUUUCUCUAUACAGAACCACAAACAUGCACAGGGUUGUGGCUGGCCCUAGAAGAUGCAAAUACAUUAAAUGGUUGCCUUUGGGCAAUUCCUGGAUCUCACAAAAAUGGGCUUGUUAGAAGGUUCUUGAGAGAUGAAGAUGGUGUCAAAUUCGAUCGACCAUCACCAUCUUAUGAUAAAAAAGAUUUUGUUCCUAUUGAAGUAAAAGCUGGUUCUAUGGUUGUCAUCCAUGGUGAUCUUAUCCACCAAAGCUUUGAAAACCAAUCUCCAAAAUCAAGACAUGCGUACAGCUUGCAUGUGGUGGACACAGUGGGCUGCACAUGGGCACUAGAAAAUUGGAUCAGACGAAAAGUGGAACCUGAACCACUCUUUGUGAGCUGACUCUCUCAAAUUCUCUUGCAGUUUAGUGUUUAAUUUGCAAAUAUAAAAAGCAUUUGUAAUAAUGUCAACCUUCUUCUGGUUGCCACUGAACACACUACGUUCAACCUCUUUCCUUUGCUUUGGGAUAUUAUACCAAUAGCAUUAACAAAUAUAUUAGUAAACCCAAUUAUUUUUUCCCAGUAAUAAUAUUUUUAUAAUUUCAGUGUUUCUUUUAUA